CCCAUCGCCAUCUUUAUUGUGACCUGCUACACUUGAAAUACAAUCUGGCGGGUUUGUUACUCUUGUGGUUUUCCCCAGACAUGUGGAGGAUGUAAUGAUGGCGUGGUGCCCUGUGUACAUAUUCAAUGGCUUAUCGUCUCUUCACAUUGCUUAUCCUGUUCAUGCAAGGAAAAUUGGGAUCUUGUGGUAUAUGCUCUGCUUCUCCGGGAACAGUAGUUUAUGUGCCGUCAUGCCCAACGAUUAAGGAUGAAUGGGAUAAAGCUGCCCACAAAAAGAACUGUUCUGCUGUGAAGCAAAAUUGUACAACAGCAGACAAUUUUGUGUAUCACUGCCUUGCCAACCCUUUCCAGGAUUUAUUAAUUGAAGUUUGUAGUGAACCUGCAAUAAUUUCGUUUCCUGUCUGUGCAGAGUAUAACGAAAGAGGGAAUAUUGUUCAAGAAAAUCACUUUACAGAUUGCAGCUCGUACGACCCUCCUUGUCCAAAUAGGUAUAUUUCUACCGAUACUUUUAAAUAUCGCGGAUGCUACAAUAUUACCCAGCGGACGACCACUGUUACAACAAUUUCUACACAAGAAACAACAACAAAACAUUUUACAAGAAUUUCCAAUGUGAAUACCACAAAGCCAACUGAAUUGUCGUCUUUCCAAGAUUCUUUCCAUAUGAAGCAUCCUCAACUUGUUUUGGCGUUUCUGGUUGCAAUUGGAAUCACUGCUCCAGUUUCUUCAAUCCUUUGUUUCUUAAAAUAUUUUGCUUCUAUUAAAAAGACACCAAAAAUGUACACAAUAGUAAAUGCAGAGGACACAGCAAAAAUUAAACGGAGAUAUAAGCUAUAUCAUAACACAGCCACAGAGAAAAAUAAGGACAUUGUAGGUUUGGGUGAACUUCAAAUAUUCAUAUUCAUCAUAUCUUUCGAAUGUCGGAUCAUGGCGCCAUGUGAUUGCAUUUUUAAAAGUGAAAUGGAGUGAUACCCACUUUGUUAUAUAAUAAUUGCUAAGAGAAUAUGCUGUCAUUAAGGAAUUGUUUCCGCCAAUCAUUUUUGCACUAACG